AUGGCAAAUUUUGAAGACAAUGAACCAUGGAUGCUGCGAAAAACACAUGCACAAUCAUAUGGUGAACCAUUAGAUUCUAAAUUCCAAAGUCCUUUGUCUAGGACUCAAAGUGCUGAAUUUUCCAUUUCCAUGGAACCAUAUGAGAGAGAAACUAGUAUUAUGGGACAUACUGGUCCACUUUGGAGUGAGAGGAAAACUCCCUUCAGGCAGAUAAGGGCUCCACUAUAUGCUACCACUGAAACUGGAAAUCUUUUGCAGCAGAGUAUAGUUGUAACAGGAAAUGAAGAGGUGGAAAGAAAGGUGGAAGAAUUUUCUACUUUCAACAGCAUGGGUUCAAAUUACUGGAACAACAACUAUGAAAAUAAAAAUGAACACUUAAUGAGGUCAGGGCGAUUGGGAAUGUGUAAUGAUCCUUAUUGUACUAUUUGCCCUACUUACUUCAAUGCUUCUCAGUCAAGAAAUUCAAAAUCUUCAAAUAUAUUUGAGUCCAAAACUAAGUUCCGUAAUUCUCUUUAUGGGGAUGCCAAAGGUUUUGCAAGAAAACUUUUUUCUUUCUGCUCCUCAUAUGCUCCUAGAGUUAUGAACCCUCACACAAAAUUUGUACAACAAUGGAACAAGAUUUUGGCCAUUUGUUGCUUGGUGGCAAUUUUUCUGGAUCCUUUAUUUUUCUUCGUAUUGUAUGUGCAGCAGGAUUAUAAUUGUAUUGUUAUCAACUGGAGAUUGACAAUAGCACUUGCUAUACUUAGAACAAUGAAUGAUUUUGUAUAUCUCUUUAACAUCCUUCUCCAGUUUAAAUUAGCUUAUGUCUCCCCUGAAUCCAUGGUGGUUGGUGCUGGAGAUUUAGUUGACCAUCCCAAAAAAAUUGCUCUUCAUUACUUAAAGGGUUAUUUUCUUUUUGACUUCUUUAUCAUACUUCCUCUUCCUCAGAUAAUUAUAUUAGUUGUCCUACCAAAUUCCAUGGAGGGAGCAAAUUAUGUUAAAGAUCUUCUGCGUGCAGUGAUCCUAGUGCAGUAUAUUCCCAGAUUAUUCAGGUUUCUUCCUCUGCUAAUUGGCCAGUCUCCAACAGGCUUCAUAUUUGAGUCAGCCUGGGCAAAUUUCACUUUAAAUCUUCUCAUUUUUAUGCUAUUUGGCCAUGUUGUUGGCUCUUGCUGGUACCUGUUUGGUCUACAGAGGGUUAAUCAGUGUUUAAGAGAUGCAUGUCAUAAUUCUAAUAUACCUGGAUGCCUGAAACUUGUUGAUUGUGGACUUGGCCAUAAGGAACACAAUCAGAUUGACCAAGCAUCAGCUCAGUGGAACAACAAUACAGAUGCCUACAAUUGUUUGAAUCCCCCUCCCCAGGGUGGUUUUCAGUAUGGGAUGUAUGCCCCUGCUGUCCAACUUAUAAUAGAAACUAAUGUGGUUAACAAAUAUGUGUUUUCUCUGUUUUGGGGAUUCCAGCAAAUCAGUGUUUUUGCUGGUAAUCAAGUCCCUAGCUAUUUUGUAUGGGAAGUCCUUUUUGGUAUUGCCAUAAUAGGAUUGGGACUCUUGCUUUUUUCGCUUCUCAUUGGAAACUUCCAAAAUUUUCUUCAAUCUCUUGGAAGGAGGAGGCUUGAAAUGCAACUUAGACGCCAGGAUGUUGAGCAAUGGAUGAGCCAUCGACGAUUACCAGGUGAUCUAAGAAGGAGAGUACGAGAGGCUGAACGGUUUAAUUGGGCUGCAACAAGAGGGGUGAAUGAAGAAAUGCUAAUGGAGGAUUUGCCAGAAGAUCUCCAGAGGGACAUAAGGCGUCAUCAAUUCAACUUUGUUAAGAAAGUUCGAAUUUUUGCACUGAUGGAUGAGCCUAUCUUAGAUGCCAUUUGUGAGAGACUAAGACAAAAGACAUACAUCAAAGGAAGUAGAAUUUUGCGUCAAGGUGGGUUAGUGGAGAGCAUGUUCUUUGUGGUGCGAGGGAAAUUGGAAAGCAUUGGAGCAGAUGGAACUAGAGUUCCCUUAUCAGAGGGAGAUGCUUGUGGUGAAGAACUUCUGACAUGGUAUCUAGAGCACUCUUCAUUCAGCUCAGAUGGUAGAAAAGUAAGGCUUCCAGGACAGAGAUUGCUUAGCAGUAGGACAGUAAGCUGCUUAACAAAUGUUGAGGCAUUUUCCCUCCAUGCUGCAGAUCUUGAAGAAGUUACAAUCCUUUUCACAAGAUUCUUGCGGAGUCCACGUGUUCAAGGAGCCUUAAGGUAUGAAUCACCUUAUUGGAGAUCCCUUGCAGCAACCCGCAUUCAGGUUGCAUGGAGAUACAAGAAGAAAUGUCUAAGUCGUGUUAAUUCGUUAUUUUCAGAUUAA